AUGAACUGGACAAAUGCAGCACAAUCAUAUUAUGUUACUAUAUCUGGCAAUGAUGGAAACUUAGGAACGACUCAAUCAAAUGCAUGGCGCACUAUUCAAAAGGCAGCUAGUAAGGCUACACCUGGUUCUACUGUCUAUAUUGGUCCUGGAACUUACUAUGAAACAGUGACAAUACUUGUCCAAGGCAACGCUACAAGUGGACCAAUUACAUUCACUAGUUUAAAUCCAAAUAUUCGACCGAUUAUCUCAGGUGCACGUGCCACAGUUGCAUCAUCUGAUGGAACAUUGAAUUUAAUUUAUAUGCAGAACAAGAGCUAUUUACGUUUUGUCAAUCUUGAAUUGACAAAUUUAACAAAAACAGAAUGUAGUGGCAUCAGAAUCGUUGGUGGUGGCACACAGAUUGAGCUUCGUAAUUUACUUAUUCAUCAUAUACGUGGUGGAGGAGAAACAGGUGGAGCUAUGGCAAUUACAGUUUAUAACAAAGAUCAAACAAAAAGUCGUAGUGGAUUGAUUAUUGAUAAUUGUACAUUACAUGAUUGUCAACCAGCUUGGAGUGAAGCUCUAACUCUCAAUGGUAAUGUUGAACAAUUUCAAAUAACAAACAAUCGUGUCUACAAUAUGAACAACAUUGGCAUCGACUUUAUUGGUGGAGAAAUUGGUAUGGGAGCUCUUGGAGCUCGUUCCGGUCGAUGUGCUAAUAAUACAGUGUGGAACAUUCAUUCGGUAUAUGAUUCUAGUGCAGCAGGUAUUUAUGUCGAUGGAGGAUCUAAUAUUACUAAUAUUGUUUUUAUUUUAUUCUAUAGUCGAGGACGUGUUAUCAAUAGUUUAUUUGAAGCUAAUAGACUCGAAUAUAACGAUGUUAAGCGUACUGGAAGUGGAGAAAUCGUUGUUUCUUAUGCUUUUAAUAAUAGUGUUAACUCUAAUAUCGUCAAACCUAGCACACAAAAUAUUAUUCUUUAUGCAGAUCCGAGUGGAAGUUUAAAUAAUGUAUUCGACUGGCAAAUUUACUACCAAAAACGUGUUAAAGCAAUAGAAAGUAACCUGAUUUUUAAUUGGGGCAAUCAACAGUAUAAGGGAUUGAGUGCAUUUCAGUUGGCAACCAAACAAGAGCUGCAUGCUACGGUAAUUAUGGCAAAACGUAGACGUAAAUAA